GUAAAGGGCUGCGCCCGUGAUCUCUACUGAAGAGGAUCACGUGAUCUUCGACCACGUGAUAUACCUUCUGUACGGACACGUGAUCAGAAGCGAGCAGGUAUAAGAGAAGUCUGUACUUAGUUAUCUUCUCUUUUUCUUAUCUUUUAGCUUCUAUACGAUAGGUAGAAGCAUACUCAUUCGCUAGGCCUCUCCGCCCAUAACAUAAGCUAAAAGAUCACUUUAACCCUUCUUACUCUUUUCUCUCGUACGGAGCGAGAGAGAAUUAAGAAUGCAAAAUAAACAAGAUAUAACGAUAGGGCUACAUGAGCCUAUACCAAACCCAGAACCUAACCAAAUGGCUACAAGACUUAAGGACGCUGAAGGCGUACGAGAAGAACUCCAAGAGAUGAAAGCCCUUUUCCUCCGUACGGCACAGGGGCAAGCUACCCCUAACGCACAGACUCCUAAUCUCACGCUGAGUAUGGAAAAGUUUGGAAAAGCUAGACUCCCUGAUAUUAGAAUCUUCGAGAAAGGCUCACACGAAGAAUACACGCAGUGGAAGAUGCAGAUCCGUACGAAACUAUCGGCGGAUUAUCUGGCUUACCCUACGGAGUUCUACCAAGCUUACUAUGUAAUCUCCCGUACGGGAGGACUAGCCUUUUUAGCAUUACAGGCUUACGUACAAGACUUCACGAGCAGAAAUCUAUCACCCAGCUUGAGCAAGCUUUGGGAGCAACUAGACGCGUUCUUCGAAGACCCUUUAAUUAAGCAAAAAGCUCUACAGUAUCUCCGUACGACUAAGCAAGGAAAAGGCGAGUUUCUUUUCCACGUACGAGCUUUCAAUCUAAAGUUCAACGAAGCUGGUUUCGGACAAGAUGACAACGCGCUGAAAAUUGACUAUCUCAAGAAUUCUCUCAAUAGGAAGCUACUACGCUACCAAGCUGGGUACCAGCCUCCUUCAAACGAGACGUACGACGCCUUUGAGAAUCUCAAGGUAAUUGACCAACUCUCGUCUAACGCGCCCUCUUACUCGACCUCUCUUCCUACGUCUACCCUAGCUGCCGUGGACGAAAUGGACUGGACGCCUAAUGUAGGCGCCAUGCGUCCCCGUACGAGGAACGAGUACUGGGGUACACAAAGCCAAAUUGCUCAACGCAAGGAGGAGGGCAGCUGCCUACGUUGUGGCAUCCACGGCCACCUCGUACGGCAGUGUAAAGCAGCAGUCCUAAAACGCACGCGUAAGCCAGAGACCGUGACAAAAGUCCUAGCUGCUACCUUAGAAGACGAAAGCUCGGACGAGGGAAAAGAGGAGCCCUAGUCUAAAAACGCCGACUAGGGCAGCCAAAGCAGGUUAAGCAGGUCGUACAACCUGUCCAAGAGCUACUUCACCAACUAAAGCCUACUCAGCCAAUGUCCAUAGACGUAAUCGUUAAUCUUUUGAAAAACGCUACUGCUAUGAUUGAUAAUAGGUGCUGCACUUAUGCGAUAGUAUGUGAAAGACUUGUACGAGAACUUGACCUGCCGCGCGUAUCUAUCCCUACUAGGGAAAUUGAAGGUGUUAAUAACCAGAAAAGCACUGUACGAGCUAUUACUCAAUUUACUGUAGAUGUUGGAGGAAUCAAGCGAAAAGCAGC